UCUCCUGUAAGUAUCGGUGGCCCCGGCUGGCGGCGCUGGCCGGCCGGCAGUGAGCUUGUGUGGGCGGGCGGGCAAGGGGAGCGGGUCCGGGCCGGGCCGGUCACAGCGAUGAGCUGCCGCCGCCACGAUGGCCAAGUGGAUCAAGGAGCACCUGAGCUUCAGGGGCAGCAGCAACAAGCCGCCUCCGCCGCUCCCCAAGCCCGACUACCGGGCACGGACAGGCGUCCAGCCCGACAUCCUAGCCGCCUACAGACUGCAGAAGGAGCGGGACUUCGAGGAUCCUUACACCGGCUGCCGGGGCUGCAUUGCCCCCGUCUCCAACCCCGUCCCCAACCGGACAGCAGCCGCCGGCUUCACCUCGCCCAAACACCGGCUCAUCAAAGUGGACAACCCCGGCAGGUCGGCCACUUCCCCCGAGGGCAAGGUCAUUAUUCUUGAAGACUAUGCAGAUCCAUUUGAUGCUCAGACUGGCAUGAACUCGACUGGCCAGGACAGAGUGGUGGUGAACGAUGGUUAUAUGGAACCGUACGAGGCCCAAAGAAUGAUGGCAGAGAUACGGCGGAGAGGUUCCAAGGAAGCCCCCCCCGGCAAGCCGCUGCCCCUGUACGACACGCCCUACGAGCCCGUGGAGAACGGCGUCGGCCACGGCGAGCGAGCGGCGGAGAGGGUGUCGGCCCAGCGGCCCCGCGACAGCCGUCUCCCCGAGGACGACGAGCGGCCCCCGGGGGAAUACGACCAGCCCUGGGAGUGGAAGAAGGAACGCAUCUCCAAGGCAUUCGCAGGUGAGGCUCAUAGAGAAACUGCCAACAAACGCCGUAACGUGUUAUUCUUCACGGCCCGUCCCACUUUCACAACCUAAUUCACCACUUAUUUUUACUCGUGGACAUUUUUCAUCAGGCUAGAAAAAUGCCCCGACCUGCUCGAUGCCACGAGUGCCUACGACCAGCAUCAUGGCCUACCUACGACCUACCUACGACCUACCUACGACCUACCUACGACUUACCUACGACCUACCUACGACCUACCUACGACCUACCUACGACCUACCUACGACCUA